GCACCGUGCUGCUUUAUGCUGAGCACAAGGCAUGCAGAUGUAAGUUUAAUCCAGACAACGGUCAGAGCCGGGAAGUGAAUAAGAGGCUGCCCUUUUGCUAACAUGCAGUAGUGUUCAGUAGAAUAUUUAGCCGCUGGAGCAACUGUCAAGGUGGGCUCAGAGGGGGAGAUGAGAACCUCCUGGAACUGUCUGUCGUGUGUUAUUCUCUCCAUCUCUUUGUGUGGAUUUCUGCAUUUCCACUCUUAAAGCUUGGUUGCAGGAGGUGUUAUCUCCAGCACUGAGCUCAGCUUUAAAAGGAAAUUGCAAGACUCUGCCUGUCAGCCUCUGAUGAGCCUCUGAUUAAUAGAUAAAGCGAGUGGAGGACAAGCGGAUGAAUCAAGGAAAAACUUGCAGAGGGAAAUUUCAAGCCCUGUUUUUUUUUUUUUUUUUUUUUGGGGGGGGGGACUGUAGAAGAUUCAGAUUUUUCUUUCAUUCACGACAUUGCACUGGAACUGCGUUUUAUGUCUGAAGUCUGCAGUGAUUGCAAAUUUGUUUCUCACUCCAGCUGAGGCAGAGAUGCUGUAAUGUUGUGCUUGGACUUGGACUUCCUUUGAGAGGAUUUUUCUUUCACUUGAUCAGCGGUCCUUCAGUGUUUGCUCUGCAGCUGCUCUUUUUUUUUUACUGAACAUAGUUAGUUGGUCGGUCAGUUGAGUGACUGGCAGUGAUUUCUAUCAGAGACACAGUUUUUGAGUCUGGAUUCAGGGUAACUGCAUCCAACAGUUGCUCUCUUGGUGGAUCCUCAGACUUUCUGCCUCUGGGAGUAUCUGCCAUCGGGGCAGACGGUCAAAAUCCAAGAUGCAGGUGUCACUAGUGUGCACGGACCAUCGUGGCGGGGUGAGCCGCAACACGGAGGACCGGCUAAACCGACAGAACGCUAACAGCCCCAACACAGGCACUCGCAGCAAGUUCAGAGCAGUGGCGAUGGUGGCGCGCAGUCUGGGACAACUCUCUGUUCAGAGUGUGCCUUCCUCCAGCGAGCAGAGCAUGAAGACUGGCAUGAAGUAUAGAAACCUUGGGAAGUCGGGCCUGCGGGUGUCCUGCCUUGGAUUAGGAACAUGGGUGACGUUCGGUGGACAGAUAACGGAUGAGAUGGCAGAGCAGCUGAUGACUCUGGCUUAUGAAAAUGGCAUCAAUCUGUUUGACACAGCGGAGGUCUACGCUGCUGGGAAGGCAGAGGUGGUGCUUGGAAACAUCAUAAAGAAGAAAGGAUGGAGACGUUCAAGUCUGGUGAUAACAACUAAGAUCUUCUGGGGUGGAAAAGCGGAGACUGAAAGAGGUUUAUCCCGAAAACACAUUAUAGAGGGUUUAAAAGCCUCCCUAGAAAGACUGCAGUUAGACUAUGUGGAUGUGGUUUUUGCGAACAGACCGGACCCUAAUACACCUAUGGAAGAAACGGUUCGAGCUAUGACCCAUGUGAUAAAUCAAGGCAUGGCCAUGUACUGGGGAACAUCCCGCUGGAGCCCGAUGGAGAUAAUGGAAGCGUACUCUGUGGCGCGACAGUUCAACCAGAUUCCUCCCAUCUGUGAGCAGGCUGAGUACCACAUGUUCCAGAGAGAGAAAGUUGAGGUGCAGCUACCUGAGCUCUUCCACAAGAUAGGUGUGGGGGCCAUGACAUGGUCGCCACUGGCCUGUGGGAUCAUCUCAGGGAAAUACGACGGCAGGGUGCCUCCCUACUCUCGGGCCUCUCUGAAGGGUUACCAGUGGUUGAAGGACAAGAUCUUGAGCGAGGAGGGCCGGCGUCAGCAGGCGAAGUUGAAAGAGCUGCAGGCAAUCGCGGAGCGGCUGGGCUGCACUCUGCCCCAACUCGCCAUCGCGUGGUGCCUACGGAACGAGGGGGUGAGCUCUGUCCUUUUAGGGGCAUCCAACACCGACCAGCUGAUGGAGAACAUAGGAGCGAUACAGGUUCUUCCAAAGUUGUCAUCCUCCAUCACACAUGAGGUGGACAGCAUCCUGGGGAACAAGCCGUACAGUAAAAAGGACUACCGCUCCUAACGCGCAGCACGGCCCCGCCCGGCAGGGCUGCACCCGGGCUGCAGCCGCAGCGCCCCACCUUUGCCUGAUCCUCUGUUUGCUUGAGCUUUUACUGAGUGAGACCCUGGCGCAUGAGUCUGGCCACACCAAGGCCACCCAGGGCACCUCAUUUAGAGUUACAGGGAUAAGAUAAGAAAAGGGGGAAAAAAAUACAGUCACCUCCACAGGAAAGGAAGGGAUUGACAAAGAAAGACAAAAGUGGAAGAAGGAUAUGCGCUCAUACUUAAAUCAGUUAUACAUUCAAUUCAGCUGAACGUAUUUUAAAACCGUAGAGAAAAAUACCUUUUUAAAAAAAUAAGCACACGCUUGCUUGGCAGCCAGAAUUCUUUUUAUUUUAUUUUUUAUUUUUGUUGCUUUUUUUCUAAAACUGAAUGCAACUAAAAGGAAGAUGAAGUUCAUACUGUAUGAGUUAAACGAGAACUACUCUGUUGCACAUGUACCAUAGCCAUGCAUUUGUUCCUGACGUUCUGUUUACAAACAGCUGUGUACUGUACGAGUCCGUUAAGGUUUCUCUGAAAGAAAAACUGUUUGUUUGUGUUGUUGACAUUAUCAGUGUACAGGCCUCGUCGUGGGCUUUAACAAUCAGCACUUUAGUCUUGUCAGUACAGGUGUUGGAGGGUAGUUUUAAGGAGGGGAGAGGAUGGGUAUUACAAUAGUUUUAUCUCACAGCUAUUGCACUAUUAGAAUCGUGUCGCCUCCUGAUAAUUCCCCCUCCUCAUCCUCCCUCUGUGUCUUCACUGGCAGUGCGUUUGUCCAACCUGAUGCUCAGACACUCCUGCUGUCUAAAGCGUGGCAGUGAUGUCCUGCGUUCGAUGGGGCUGAGAGGACGAGGGCUAACGACUGUCCUCUUGCCUGAGAUGCUCCUCCUCGUCCUGACCGGUGAACUGUCCACGAUGACGAGUCAGGAGCGCGGGCUGAUGUGUCCGGGCAACUGCCACUGAAGAGAUUAGCUAUUUAUUCACCCCUAACAGUAGGAACUGCAGUCGUGUUAAAUCAAAUGCAGCGUCCUGCUUCACUGUGUUACCCAGCCUCUGUUCUGUUGUUCAGGCUGAGGGCUUCCUGUACAGGAAGUGGUCAUAUCAGUGCUGGCUCCACAUCUCAUGGAAACUUCUCCUUGAUCAAAUUCUGUUCAAGUAUUUUUGCCUUAUUUACAGUUGCAUCAGACUGUGCUGCGGGCUUUGGCGUAGACGAGCGGCUCGACAGCUGUCCCUUUGGCCGACUGGUCUCCUGUCCCCAGUAAAAUGCGGGAACACUGACUGGUGGGAAGAGGCGGUGUUUCCAGUUAAUCAGUGAGUGGCAGCAGCUCAGGGAACGGAGCAGGUGGUUUUAGUCGUGUGUUGGCGUGCACAUGGUCAGGUGGUUGUAUUUACUCGUCUGUCUUUCUUUCAUGUGUGGACACUGGGGAGGACCAGUGACAUUUUAGUGUGGCUUGAGCCAAAGAUCUCCUUCUUCUUCUUCUAUUUGACGACACCUGAGUGUUUCACUCUCACUUCCCGCAAGAUUAUAGAGCUCAUCUUGACGCAUGUGCUGUCCAGCUUGUUAUCUAUCUAUGGUAUGGAGUUUACUCCAUAUAUAUCUUUACUUGACCAUGCUAUACUAGUUAACAAAUGUCCUUCAUAUACAGAAUGCAUAGUACAGAUAAAUGCUUUAGGAUCGUAAGGUUCGUUUCAGGCAACGUCCGACCUGAGACGUGUCAGAAGUAUUACUGCAGAAUUCGAUGCCACCCUAUAUCAUUCUUUCUCCUUUGGGUGCUCUCUUACUGUGAUUAAAGCACAAGUGGAUAGCAUGUGUUACAUCCUCAAAGCAUGGACUGUCUUCACCCAGCCUACAGUACCCACCGGGACAAGCAAGGUGAUGCUACUCCCCUUACUAACACGUGUAGAUAACAAAUCUUUACUAACAGCUGAAACUAUUGAUUCUUAGCAGAAAAGAAACACAAGUACAGAUUAAGAAAACUGUCAUAGUCGUGCGGAUGAUGAUACGAAUGAGAUGUAUGUGCUUCUCAGUUAAAAUGGAGGGGAUAAUGGAAGCGGGCGUCACUGUGGGAUUUGUGUGGAUGAGGUUUACAGUCUGCUCCUCUGAUUUUAACACAGUGAUUUAAUGUCUCUGCUGUUGAUCCUGUUUGUUUGUGUGUGUGGUGGUGGUGGGAGGUGGGACAGCUAAACUAAUCCAUUGCUUUAGCCUGCUGUAUUAGUUGAUCCCUGUAUAUGUUUGAUUUGCUGUGUCUUGUGUGUCUCAGUGAAUUUAACUGGCACAAGCCGAUGCUGUUUUCUCAGAAGAAGAAAAAAAAAUAAGCAAAGAAUAUUUAGUUCAUUAGUCUGUGGAGUUCCUGUGUCUUAAUAUUUUCAUCUGCAGGGAGUGGAGAGGAAAUCUGAGACUGAAAGGCAAAGUUUGACAUUUUGAGAAAACACGCUUAUUUUGUUUUCUUUGUUUUCUGGGUCAGAUGAGAGUCUGCUAGAUGUGAAGCUGCAGCCAGCAGCUGGCUAAUUUAGCUUAG